CUCCGAAGUUCACCCAAAUUUGCCGAUCGCUCCUAAAAAUAACCGUUGCAAGGAUGUAUAUUUUACUGUCAUAGAGUAUUUUAAAAAAUGCUUAUCUAAAGCAACCAACCUUUCAUUUUAAUAACGAUAACCAAGCCUAACAUACCCUCCGAAAAAAAAAAAAAAACUAUUUAUUACACUGACCGAACUUAACCUUAUACUUAAGUAAUCUUCGGAACUGUUCGUGUUAUGGUUGUGGCUUUCAUCCAUUCGAAAAUUAGUUUCUUUAAGCCGCCAGAAACAAAUAUUAUAUAAGUCCUCUUGCCGAAUUGACGGCUAGUUCUUUUCUUGUCUCGUAAUCAGUUUUAAUUUUUAUAAAUACACUGCACAAUGAGCGUCGAGAGCUUACAAGCAGACAUAGAUUUACUUAGGAAGCAGUUGAACGAGAAAGAAAGAGCUCUGGCAGAGUUAAAGGUGGCAGAAUGCAAGGUGGGCGACGCCCUGACCAACGAGGAGAUAUCGAGGUACAGCAGGCAGAUCAUAAUGCCGGAGAUUGGCCCUAGGGGGCAGCUGAAGCUGAAGGCGGCAUCGGUGCUGGUGGUGGGGGUGGGAGGUCUGGGCUGUCCGGCCGCGCUCUACCUCGCCGGGGCCGGCGUGGGUCGCAUCGGUCUGGUGGACUACGACUGCGUGGAGCUGAGCAACCUCCACCGCCAGGUGCUGCACUCGGAGGCGAGCCUGGGACAGCCCAAGGUGCAGUCCGCCGCCGACAGCCUGCGCAGGCUGAACGGCGCGGUGCGGGUGGACUGCGUGCGCACCGUGCUGGACGGCGCCGGCGCCCCGGCCGUGCUGGCGGGCUACGACGUGGUGCUGGACGCCACGGACAACGCGCCCACGCGCUACCUGCUGAGCGACGCGUGCGUGCUGGCGGGCGUGCCGCUCGUGUCGGGCAGCGCGCUGCAGUUGGAGGGCCAGCUGACCGUGUACGGCCACGACGGCGGGCCGUGCUACCGCUGCCUGUUCCCCGAGCCGCCGCCGCCCGGGGCCGUCACCUCCUGCGGGGACGGGGGCGUGCUGGGCGUCGUUCCAGGCACGAUCGGCGUGCUGCAGGCCCUGGAGGCCAUCAAGCUGGUGCUGGGCCUGCCGGGCGUGCUGAGCGGCCGCCUGCUGGUGUUCGACGCCGCCGACUGCUCCUUCCGCAGCAUCCGCCUGCGCGGCCGCAGCGCCGGCUGUGCCGCCUGCGGCGACCAGCCCAGCGUCACCCGCCUGGUCGACUACGAGCAGUUCUGCCGGUCCCGGGCCUGCGACAAGGAGGAGAGCCUGCACUUGCUGUCAGACGCCGACCGCAUCUCCGCGGGCGCCCUCAGCGAGAUGCUGCUAGGCGGGGAGAAGCACCUGCUGGUGGACGUGCGCACGCCGACCGAGUUCGAGCUGUGCCACAUCCCGGGCGCCACCAACCUGCCCAUGAAGGACCUGGGACGGCCGGCCUGCCUCGACGCCCUCCGGGAGUACAUCCGGCAGCACCGCGGCGACCCGGAGUUCCCCGUGUUGGUGGUCUGUCGUCGAGGCAACGACUCCCAGAAGGCUGUGCAGGAGCUGAGGACAUCCUUGAGCGAUCUGUCGGUCUCCGUGCGCGACGUGGCGGGCGGGCUGCAAGCCUGGGCCAAAGCCGUGGACCCACACUUCCCCGUCUACUAGCGUCGGAGACCGCGAGCCAUUCUCGUGCCUUCCGCUGCUUGCCACUUGCGAGUUUUGUAUAUUGUAUCCUUAGUUUUGUCAGGUGUAUGUUUCUUGUAACAUAUAUAUUAAUGUCUUGUUUUAUAUAUAUAUCAAUCGAGCCAGAGAAAAAAAUUAACACUCUAAACUGCUUGGAGUGCUAACAUUGGUGUGGGACAGCUAGACUUAAUACACCCGCCCCUCGAAGUAGCGCUGUUCGAUUUGCACGGUUUUGAAGAAACGACAACAAUAAAUUACGGCAUGAUUUGAGGUAGCGCUUUUUUUUCGUUUACACAAUUUUUUUUAUUUCUGUGGGCGCACAAUUGCAACAGCACUUAUGUAGCAUUAAAUACAAUGCAAUAAAUUAAUAAUGUGACGAAGCAGCAAACAAUAUUUUGCUCUUUCCUUGAUAGCUACAUGUAUGUGCUUCCUUCAUUAUGUGUUUAUCUCCGACGACGCCCAAGUGUUCAGCCAAAUUUUAUAGUACUCCAUUCCUUAUCUCAGCAGCAGCUCUAUAGAGCAGUAGCUUUCAUAGCUAGUUUACUUUGCACCUACUAGGAUGCGCUAGUGGUAAAUCAUGGCAGACACACAUUUCGCAAACAACAGUUUGUGAAUUACGUUAUUACGUUAAAUAAUCUUUCUAAUAACAAGAAAUGUUAAAUUGCUUUUUUAAAUUUCAUUAAAACUAAAAUAUAUAUCUUAUAUUAAUACAUCGUUAUUUUGUAACUCAGAAAUCUUGUUAGUGCCUACUUAGGAAUGUUAUGCCCAAACCCUAUUAUGAAAACAAUGCAGUCCGUGAAAUUUUCAAAUUUAAUUCAGGUUGUUUAUUUUCUAAAUGUUAUUCAUCAUUUAUUUAUUUCUACUUCAAAUGUAUUUAGACAUAUAGUUAUAGUAGUACUGUAAACUGAUUUUAACGGGAGUAAUGUCUUGAUUAAAAUAGUAGUCAGCAAUCAUUAUGAUGCACACUUAAUAAAAAAAAAGUAUUUGAUUAGCCUGCUGUUUUCCAAGAAUGAAUUACGGUAUUACUUCUAUGGGCAGGUGUAUUGAGGCCCUACUGAUGGUUUUCCAACUGGCAAGACCCCUCUACAGAAAGUGUCUGGGUUCAAGCGCACAUGUAUGUAAUAUCAUUAGCAUACAUAAUUUUUAAGUUAAAAUAAAGGCAAGAGUGUUUUCGGUAUGAAGGGGUUGGAGUUCCCAAGUGAUGUAAGCUUGUGAAAUAAUAACCAAACAUUAGUUACUGUUUAGCUGUAUGACGUGCUCCGUUCUUACAGCUGGUUCUCAGUUUUGCAGCUGCCAGUCAAUACCGGGCCACUCUUGGUUCCUAUUUAGGGUGAAAGUACGGUCAGUCGUCGAGAACCAUUCAUGUGGCUGCAUGUCUGCUAUUGCAAAUGCUAGCUGUGCACCUGUAAGGCUUAAAGUAAGGAAGAAUAAUUUAGUUUGAAACACUUGACAGGCCUGCAAAAGGAGUUUAUUUCCAACAUUAAAACUAACUUAUUAAGUAUACAGCAAAACUUUUGGUUUUGUACAGUUUUUUUUUUUUAAGUAACAAAGAUAAAUUUUUAAAAGAGUAAAAAAAGAAGGUGCAGGAAUAAUGCUUGCCAAACCCAUUCUUAGUCGGAUGAAGCAAUAAAUGAGUAUCACAUGUGACAACUUAAAAGUGGAGCCUUGCAACUACGACAGCUGAUGAUGGCAGAAGAUUUUCUCAAAACGAGUACUCAUAACAGCUGAGUAAUGAUAAGAUACUAAGUACUAAGUUGGAUUCCCACAACUUCGAAAAAUGUGUAGAUGUAUGUUCAGAGAUGGAACAACAAAAGGGGGAAAACUGCUCGUUUCAUAAUCGAAACUGCGACAUUUAUGCCAUUUUUGAUUGCUGUUACACUUCCUCGUGAACCUUGUCAGGGGUGUGACAGAUGAAACAAGAUAAUACUUUGGAAUGCGGAGAGAGGGGAGUGGCAGAGAGAGUGCCAAUGGGUUUUUUGGCUCUAUGUCGGUAGGUAAAGUGCUACACGUUUAAAACUUUUUCAGUGACGUGCAAGUGAUAGGCACAGGUGUCGCAAACUAAACUUCAGUUGUAAGUCCUAGGAAUUUUUUUUUAAUCGAAACAUUUUUAAAAACUCAAGCAUGAACAAUUAAAAUUUAUUCAUGGGUAAAAUUGAAGUGGGUAGUAUGUUUUCAAUUGUAUUGUAGCCAAUGUUGGUAGGUGAAAGAGUACCAGGUAGGUUCUUCUCAGUUGCCCAUCUUUAAAGAGGGAGUCGAGGUUGACUGAAACUUUACAAGAUUGAAGUUAGUUGUAGUUUGAUUUGCUUAUGUAUUUUAGCUCCUAGCAGUCACUGUUUUUGCACCCUUGUUAUUUGCCAUGUAAUCCCAAAAAGGAUAAUAUGUUUUUAUCACAAACAAAGCUGUUAUUGAAAAUUGUUUACAUGUUUAGUAAAAACAUUUUAAAAAUAUUCAGUUUAGAGUUGAAUUUUGUAGUUGAAUGAAAUUUGUGUAUGUAGUAUUUGAUUGAAUGUAGUAGUAGUUAUGUGUAGAAUUUAAAAAUAUAUAUACAUAUUUUUUGUAUUACUUUGUUUAUGAUAGUGUUGUAGCAUUCUUAAUACAUAAUACGUAAAAGAGUUCAUUUGGAUCUUUUUUUGUUUAUUGCAAAACAUUUUUAUUUACAGUGUGUUAUUACCCAAGAGUUUUCCUUUAUGUAUUGUAGUAAAGAUGUACCAAAUAAUACUUAGAUUUUGUUAUGUCAUCAGUUCUUGAUUGACGGUAUCAAAUGUUUAACCACAAUAAAGAAAUAAAAUAUUACUUAUAUGCAUUUCAUUGCAACUUUUCAGCAUUAUUAGAAGUUAUUAGGCUACCAUUAUUUUGAAAUAUGAUUGUGGAAUGUAAAAGUUAGUUUUGUUGUUCACUCGAAAAUGAGAUACAGUAAAUAUACAUAAAACUUUAGAAGGACAACCAUACUUUGUUGCAAGUUCAGAAAGUGGUUUUAAUAUGACAAGUUACUGUGUGGGCGCCACCGUAUGUUUAAGGGCACAAGUACCCGGCAGAGAGUUCUGCCAGGGUGAAACGUUGCCCAUGUGGAAGCACGAUUCAGACCCUCCUUAAUUAGCCAAAAAUUACCAGGGCCUGGCCCACUCUCAGCAUCGGGCAUGCUUACACCGAUGGAAGAUGAUGUGGGCUCUUAAGGCAUGCCACGCAUCCGUUACCUGCGGUUGGUCGGCACGUGGUCCUGAGAGUAACACGGUUUCUCAAACAGUGUUUUCAGUUUCCCUUGAAAAACACUAGAUGCCCUCGUACACAUCUACAUUAAACUGGUGGAAAAUAACUAUAGCACCAGUCGAUUCAAGUGAGCUACGAGCCACCCUCCGUGGUUGCACAGAAGAUUUACGUAGGUUGGUUUCAAAGUCUCAGUGCUAAGUUAAAACAAAUUCAUUAAACAGUCUGCCGCCCGAGGACAGUAAGAAAGUGGUUCAGAUAAUCAAACACAUGAAACAGAAUUACCAGCUUGGCGAUAGCAGAGGAUGAAGUCCCUGGGGUGCUGGCGAGUCCUACCUUGGCCAGUGGUGAUGUCAGACUGGGCCCCUCCGAAGCAUCAUGGUGCCUUCUUGUCGGACAGGAAAGCCGUUACGAUUAUUCGAUUCUUGCUAUGGGUAGUUGAAAAGAAACAUAGAAAAAACAACACAUAAAUGAGGCAUGUCCUCUCACACCCUUGCUAACUAUUAACAUACACCAAUUUAAUAGUUAUUAUUUUUAAAUGCCUGCUUUGGCCAAGUUUGGGUCCGCUCGGGAGAGUUUGGCUCCAUCUUUGUCCAGUCUGCAUAUUUACUUAAAUUAUGUUAAAACGGGGCGCUUCGAGCCAGUCUGCGAAAAAGAAAGAUACGUAACGAUUAAUUUACUUAAUUAGACAUAGCACUGUAUGACCGGAGUUGUGACGUGCUGUUUCAAAACUGACUAGCUCACGUACUUCGGCAGUACAAAUGUUGGGAAGGGAGCCGAGUUUACCAGGCGCAGGGGGGGGUGAAGCCCCGGUCGACGUCAACUUAUUGUUCCUGAGCUGUUUAUGUAGUUUCUAUCUUUUCCGUAUUAGUAGGAGCAUGUAUUUUUCGUGAAAAAAAGAAUCUGUGUGCUCAUUAGACUGCAGUAAGGUAUUUAUUCCCUUGUCGUCUGCAAGGGAAGCCAUUGCCCUACUUAGCCCGGGCCAUUCAGCACUGGAUGGCUGUGAUUGGUGUGCUGACAGUAGACAUGCGUCUGAAAUAAACCCAGCCAACCACGAAAUACAGACAAUGCUACUAAGUUUUUAACAUGCAGCUGAUCGGGAAAUCUGUUGGCAAAUAUACAUGACCUACGUAUUAGGUGUGGAUUUCAGCUGAGAGCACAGUGUGUAGCUUAAAGUUCACCUUUAAGGGAAUGCCGUACCACGUUCACCUUUUGGUGGCUAGAUGCACCACGGUAUUUUCUCUCUGUCCUGUCUGUUGCUCUGUCAGUUAUUUUAAGAUGAUAAUUUUGGCAUCUGUGCAGGAAAUGUUGCUCUCAUUUAAGACGUUCAAUUACCUCGUAGUGUGGAUAGUGUGGACACAUGCUCGGGCGAUUUUGAAGUGUAUUUUUGUGUGUGAGAUAGAUCAUGUUGUUGGCUAUGUUAAAAUUUGGCAUUCUGGUGCCAAUGAGCGAAUGCAAGCAUUGGCUCUAAUUACAGCAGUUAUUUUACUUGUAUUGCUGUAUUUAAUAAUGUUUUGCCAAUUAUUUGCAUUUAUUUGUGUAUGUUAUAUAUUUAUCAUGGUUUAUAAACUUGCCCAGUACUUUUUUUGUUAGUUAUAUUUAUUAUUGUUUGUUUUACUAUCAGUAUUACUUCUGAUGGAUAGUUUUAGUAUAUUUCAUUUCAAGAAAUGUUUGUAUCGUAUUUACCACAUAUGGAUCGCAAAUUUUGUGCUGAUUUUUUGUUUAAUAAAAUGUACUGCAACCCA